AAGUUCCGAACAGAAUCAGUACAUUGAAAAGAGCGUUUUUAUUGGGGAUUCCCCAAACACUGGGUCCCCUACAGUGAUUACCAAUGGGGGAUCGUCCAAAACUUAUCCAAGAUCUGUCCCAUUAGAGUUUGCUGACCAACCUCGCCAAGGGUUUGUGUUUUAUCAUGGCCCUGUUUUUGUCGAUGACACGUUUUUCGGAGACUUUGAGGAUACGGAUAAUUAUAGAUCUGGUGCUCUUGGUUUUCAACGGGAUAACGCUGGUCAUAGUUCCCCUAUAAGCGCUGUCAGCAGAAUCAAAUUUGGCUUCUCAGAUCCAUCCGAGGGUAACCGAGUAUUCGAUGGGAACGCUACAGACAAUGGCUUCUCUGGACUGGACGGUGAUUUGAUCGGAACCUUUCGGGAUUCUGAUGGGUCCGUGUUUUCCGCCGGAUCUCAGAUUGUUAAGGAUCUUCCAUUCCAUUCGACCUCAAAUUGUUACCAGAGGUCCAACUGGAAAAUGAUGGCGUGUACAAAUACCUUCGGUCAAGUACGUCUGUCGUGGAAUUAUAAAGUUAACGGAGUAGCUAAUGACGUCUCCAUUUAUCGGGACGACCUUCCAGAUAACCCAAUUGAAACAAAAACUGCACGGAUUGGGCUCUGUGUUCCCAGGGAUGCUACAAUAAGUAUAAAAGUACAAAAUCUCACAUCAACGAGUAAUUGGGACACAUGGGUAAAAGGAGAGUCCAUGACAACUAUCGAUGACCUUGACUCCAGUACAAAUGCGAACAAUUACUUUCUAGAUUCAGAUGUUGGGGUUCUAUUUUUCAAUAUGAUUCAUGCAAGGGAAUACGUCACCUCAGAUGUGCAGGAUUGUCUUGAUGAUCGAUGCCCUAUUGUGAUGGUGAAGAUAACUGGAGGAGAUUCCUCCGAUUCGGACUGCACCUCCCGAGCGUUCGAGAAAUACAAGCAAGAAUCACGUGACUCCUCCCCCGAGACCGAAAUUACUGCCUUACCAACAAGUGAUCUUUAUCCCCCUACCGUGAGUACUGUUAUUUGA